AGUGUAAAUGACGAUGGAAAGGUGAGCAUUUGUGAUGGAUCAUAUUGCAAAUGUGAUUUGUGGCGGUAUUGCUGGUCUGGUGGCGGACUUAUUAAUAUACCCCUUGGACACACUAAAGACUCGAUCGCAAGUAAAGAAGGAUUUGUUGAAUAUUUGCAAACCUGUAAUUAAUAAAAAUGCACCUCAAAAAGGGGUCAAGAGGGGCGCAUAUAAAUAUACCGUCACAGGACGGAAUUCUUUGUAUUCCGGAUUAGGAGUGCUUGUUUGCGGAGAUUUGCCGUCUUCUGCAGCCUUUUACGGCGUAUACGAAUUUACAAAAGAUAAGUUUAAUGCACAAAAGGACUCGAAAGAAGAGCCUAAACUUCCACUACCACUAAUUUACUUUAUCGGAUCAACUCUAGGCCAAGUCACUAGCCUAGUCAUCAGGAACCCUUUUGAGGUUGUAAAGCAGCAAAUGCAGGCUGGAAUAUAUUCGAAUGCUUCGCAGGCAUUUUGUACAAUACACCAGAUCCAGGGAGUUCGCGGAUUGUAUGCCGGUUUCUUCUCCACUUUAAUGCGUGAGAUCCCGUUUGACGGAAUUCAGUUUAUACUAUGGGAAAAGUUUAAAGCGAUGGAAUCUGCGGAAAAGUUUACAACGUACUUGUCAUACAAGGCAAACAUUACCCAAACCAGUGGCAAUGUCAUUGUUUCUGCACUUUGCGGAUCAUUUGCUGGCGGCGUUGCCGGAGCCGUAACAAUGCCACUAGACGUGGCCAAGACACGCAUGAUGACUCAAGGGGAAAAUAGACUCUAUAAAAGUACGUUUGACUGUCUAAGUAAAGUCGCUAGGGACGAGGGUUCGUUCGCCCUCUUCAAGGGACUCGGUCUGAGGGUCUCUUGGCUCACACUAGGCGGUUUUGUAUUCUUUGCAGCUCUAGAGGCAGGAAAGGUUACCAUCAAACCGCUCUUAAUUGAUAUGCACUAG